AUGGUAAAGAUGAAUGGAAAUAACAACAACAAUAACAACAGCCAGGGCCGGGCUGCUACAAACAUCUGGCAGGUGAUGAACUAUCCAGUUCCUAGAGGGAAAUGUGUUCACAAAGCAUCGAUUGUGUCGUCGUGCUGCCCGUGUCUGCGUUUCAUGCUCAACCCGCUCCAAGCCGCGUCGUCGUUCCUGUGUGACGGCUGCAACCACCACGCGUCGUUCCAUAACCUGCGGAAUCCGAGUGAGGAGGAGCCGGAGCUCGAGGUCGUGGAGGAGAGGAGGAUCAUCAUGAAUGGGAGCGGGAGCGUCAAUGGGGGCCAUAAGACGAUCACGAACGGGAAUGGGAGUGGGAGGAAGAGGCUUGCGGGCAGGAUUGUGAGCAAGGAUGAUGAGGAGGAGGUUGAGAGCGAGAGGGAUGGGCAGCUGGUUAAGAGGUCGAGGAAUUGA